UCUCCCAAUGGUGAUCGUGCUCGAGAAGGAACUUGCUGCCAUCUCCAUGCGACCAGGGGACGAUGUGAAGCCGGUCCUUGACAAGAUCAAGGACACCUAUGCAAGGAUGGCAGCAGCGGGCAGUAGUGUAUCUCAGCUGCAGCAGUGCACCAAGAUCAUCUCGGUGUUGGACAACUCUUGGGACAACCUCAUCCCCACCCUCAACUCUCAGCAAGAUCAAUGGACACCUGAGUGGCUAAGGCAGCAGAUUCUGCAGGAGGACUUCCGCAGACGCCAUGUGGGAGGCGGUGCUGCCACUAAGACUGCUGAGGGGUAUGGAGCUGCAGGGCGCGGCAGAGGAAGAGGGGGUUGGAGAGGCCGAGGCCGUGGGAGAAGCUUUGGCAGAGGUAGAGGCCGAGGUGACUAUAAUGAGGGGCAUGGGAGCUCCAGUGGCAGGGGGAGUACCAGAAUGGAGGGCACCUGCUGGUACUGCAAGAAGGUCGGGCAUCCUUGGUUCAAGUGCUUCAGCAGGCCGGAGGGAUGGGCACCUCCAGGCAUGAAGCCGCCCAGUGGUGAACGCGCACAAGGUGGUGCUGUGCAAGGCUCAGGUGCACAAGGUGAAGGUGCACAAGGUAAUGCCUAUCCUGGGAUGUUUCUCAUGGUUGAGGAUGUGCAUGGGCAUGAGGGUGAUGUGGGAUCUGUGGGAAAGGUUGUGAUGCACCCUCUCACGCACUGGGUGAUUGAUUCAGGUUGCACCAGUCACAUGACCCCACGGGCAGAUUUGCUUGAUGAGGUAAAACCCCCUGGGAAGAUCAAGUAUGUGGCAGCAGCGUCAGGUGCUUUGCUCCCUGUCAUUGGUGUUGGAAAUGCCAAGGUUAAGGGAGCUAAUGGGGAGCUUGUGGGGCUUGGGAAUGUUCUGCUGGUUGAAGGCUUGUCUGCUAACCUUCUCUCUGUGCGACGACUGCAGAAGAGCAAGGCCGAAGUGACCUUUGGACCAACCAGCUGCCGUGCUAAGCUUGGGAAGAAGGUGCUGUGGAGUCUGGAAGAGGAGACCAGCUGCAUCAAGGACCUGUGGCAGCUGCCCAUCAUCCCAUGGAAUGGGAAGACUCCAACAGCAGCAACGGCAGCAACGGCAAAGGCAACAGCAGGAGGAGAUGCAACUGCACCAACUGAUGGGGUCCUGGAAGCAGUCAAGAAAGUGCAGCAGCAGCAGACACAUGGCGAGGUGCUUGCUGGUGUGGAUGCGAGUGCGGCAUGGGCUAAGGCUUCAUCAAGGAGUGGAGAGGCCGAUUGGGAGACAUGGCAUGAGAGGCUGUGUCAUGUGAACUUCCCUAUGCUGCAGAAGUUGGUGAAGGAUGGGAGCCUGAAGGGCUUGGAGGUGAAAGGGGGAGUGAAGGAGAUUGGGAGCUGCCCUACAUGCUUGGAGACCAAGUUCUCCAAGUUCCCCUUCAACAGCACUACAGGACCAGCCAAGACCCCACUUGCACUUGUGCACAUGGAUGUGGUGGGGCCCACAAGAGCCCCUUCCCUCUCAGGUAGCCGCUAUUUCUUGACAAUUGUGGAUGACCACACUCGGGCAGUGUGGGUUUACCCUUUGAAGAGCAAGGGGGAGGUGGCAGCGGCUGUCCUUAAGGAGUGGAUGCCGAGAGCUCAGAGGGAAUGCGGACACAAGGUGAAGGUGAUCCGUAGUGACAAUGGUGGGGAGUUCAUUGGAGCUGAUUUUGAGGGGGAGUUGAAGAGGAAGGGGAUCCAACAUCAACUGACAGUGCCCUACAACCCGCAGCAGAAUGGCGUGGCUGAGAGGUUCAACAGGACCCUGCAGGAGGGGGCACGCACUCUCCUUGGGCGUGCAGGGCUGCCUGAUCCGUUUUGGGUGUCUGCACUGAGGCAGGUCGCCCUUGUGAAGAACAGGGUGCUGGCUACAGUUGGAGAUAAGGAGUGGAUCCCAUAUGUCAAGUGGUAUGGGAGUGCUCCAGCUGUGAAUAUGCUGAGGGCAUUUGGGUGCAUGGUAGUGUUUCAUGUGCCUAAGGAGAAAAGGGGGAAGUUGGAGGCUUCUGGAAGAUGGGGUGUGCACUUGGGGAUUGCAAAGGAUCACAAGGGGUGGCUGCUAUGGGACUUGACCACCCAGAAGUUGACAGUGUCAAGGGAUGUGAAGUUUCUUGAGUCCCUGUACUACAAGGAAUGGAAGCAGCAGCAACAGAAGCUUCCAUCUACACCGCUCAUUGUGGAGGCGGAUGAGGUGCAGCGGCCUUCAAGACAGGUAGAGGUUGCAGUGUCAGAGGAGGAGAUGUCUGGGGUGACUGAGGAAGGGGGAGCAGCUGAAGUAGAGCAGCAGCAGCAGCAGCAGCAUGAGUCUCCAUCUCGAGUUCCACACCCGCCUGAGCGACCUAGGAGGGAUGUGCGCCCUCCGGUGAGGCUGACCUAUGGGGGAAGAGGCAAGCCGAAUGUGGUGCAGGCUGGGAGUGUGGUUGAGCAGAUUGAGGAAGAUGAGAUCGCUCACUGCUACUGGGCACCAAUCCCUGAGCCCAAGACUCGAGAGGAGGCCUUGAAUGGACCAAAUGGGGAGAAGUGGAAGGCGAGUGAGGAUGAGGAGUUUGGGUCCCUGAUUGAGAACGAGACAUGGGACCUGUGUGACUUGCCUCCUGGAAAGAAGGCAAUCACUUCCAAGAUGAUCUACAGGCACAAGUAUGGACCUGAAGGGGAGCUGACCCGCUACAAGUCUAGGCUUGUGGCACGGGGGUUUCAGCAGACAAAGGGGAAGGACUAUGAUGAGGUGUUUGCUCCUGUGGGGAAAGGAACAACACUGAGGGUGCUGUUGGCGAUAGCUGCACUCCUGGGAUGGAAGAUACGGCAGAUGGACAUUGUGACUGCCUUUCUGAAUGGGAUCAUUCUGGAGGAGGUGUACAUGAAGCAGCCAGAGGGGCUGGAUGAUGGGAGCGGCAGGGUCUGCAGGCUGAAGAAGGCCAUCUAUGGCCUUAAGCAGGCGCCUCGUGCAUGGUAUCACAAGUUGGAGGAGGCGCUGUUGGCUGGGGGUUUCAAGAAGAGUGAGUGUGACCCCAGCCUGUUCCUGCUGCAGGAGAAGGAUGAAAUCCUCAUGCUCUUGGUGUAUGUGGAUGAUAUCCUUCUCUUUUCUGCAUCCACUGCUUUGCUGGACAGCGCAGAGCAGAUGCUGGAGAUGCAGUUCAAGUGCUCCAAGAUGGGUGAGGCGAAGUACUACUUGGGGAUGCAUGUGGAGAGAGAUGUGGAAAAGGGUGUGCUGAGGUUGCACCAGAGGAAGUACUGUGAGGGGCUGGCUGAGAAAUGUGGUAUGGUCGAUGAUGGUUGGCAGCCAGAGGGGGAGAUUGUUGUGUGAUGUCAUCAUAUGCUAUCACAUUCUGUCUGCCUCUCAUCUCUUGUUUCAAUUCGUAUGUAUGGUUUGACUGUGUGUGAAAGAAUUUGUGUGUGGUGUGUUCUGGAGUUUGGGAAUGUGUUUUGUGUUAUUCUGUCUGAGCAGGUAUUUGUGAUGA